CAGUUCCACUUGACAUUGACAAUCACCAAUUGACAAUUAUGUUAGAAAAGAAACACUCAAAAGUAAUUUAACUUAUUUAAAAAUAGUAUAGUAUUUUUAAGUAAAAAAGGGAUAACAUGCAUGUGCGUGAAAUUAAAUAAUGAAUCGAUCGAAUAAGAGGAUGAGCAGAAUGGAUGGGCCCGAGCUGAAGCGCGUGAGGAAAGAGUGCAGCUACGGCGUCGCCUGCUACCGGCUAAACCCGGCACACCUGCGCGAGUACAGCCAUCCGCACCUAGAGGCAAUUCUGGAUGAGUGGGAUGGCAAUGGCAGCUUUCCUAUCCCGGAGCAGAUGAGCCUGCAACGCAGCCUGCUCACUGACCAGCUCAACAUCCUGCUGGAGAAGAAACUGUACGAGCCCGGUGCGGCUGACAACGCUGAGCGAGCGCCUGCCGCGGCGGGCGAGCCGCUGCGGGCGGGGGGCGGCGCUGCGGGCGAGCCGCUGCGGGCGGGCGGCGGCGCUGCGGUCGAGCCGCUGCGGGCGGGCGGCGGCGCUGCGGGCGAGCCGCUGCGGGCGGGCGGCGGCGCUGCGGGCGAGGCGCUGCGGGCGGGCGACUCGACGCAGAGAAGCGACAGCAAUGAUUCAGAGAAGAACACACUGAAAAGCGAUAAAGCGAUUGCAGGCACUUCCAGAGAGAAAAGUGAAUCGCCCGCGCCAGGGUUGGGAGCGAGAAUCAGAGACCCGGAGUACCGGCCCGUGGUGCCGCCGACGCGGCGCGCCGAGGCGUACCUGCCCGUGGUGCGGCCGCGCGGCCUCAUGCGCGCCAAGCACGAGGCGGCGGCGCCGCACCACGUGUUCUACACCGCCAUCAGCGCGGCGCCGCGCACGCACGCGCAGCCCUACUCCGUCACCUUCCUGGAGCUGCUGGACGAGAGCCUCGGCGAGCUGCGCAGCUCGCUGCAGCUCAACUUCAUGGUGGAGCCGGGCUGGCUGCUGGCGCAGUACUACUUCGCGGGCUACAGCGCCAAGAAGCUGACCAUCCUGUACGGCGAGGAGUGCGACGACAUGCGCCAGCUCGCCGGCAAGCCGCACGUGGACGCCGUGCGCGUGCGCAUGGCCACGCCCUUCGGCAAGCACCACACGAAGCUGAUGCUGCUGUGCUACGAGGACGGCUCGCUGCGCGUGGUGGUGUCCACCGCCAACCUGUACCACGACGACUGGGACAACCGCACGCAGGGGCUGUGGCUGAGCCCGCGCUGCGCGCCGCUGCCCGCCGCCGCGCCCGCGCACGCCGGCGAGGCGCGCACGCGGUUCAAGCGCGACCUGCUGCGCUACCUGGCGCACUACCGCCUGCCGCAGCUGGCGCACUACGUCGAGCGGGUCCAGCGCUGCGACUUCUCCGCCGUCAACGUGUUUCUCGUGGCGUCGGUGCCCGGCUCGCACCGCGACCUGGAGUGGGGCCUGGCGCGAGUGGGCGCGCUGCUGCGCCAGCACUGCGCCGUGCCGCCCGCCGCCGGCCGCGCCUGGCCGCUGGUGGCGCAGGCCAGCAGCCUGGGCAGCUACGGGCCGGACCCCAAGCUGUGGCUGUGCGGCGAGUUCCUGCAGCAGUUCAGCGCGAGCGCGGGCACGCCGCCGCCGCUGGCGCCGCCGCCGCCGCUGCAGCUGCUGUACCCGUCGCUGCAGAACGUGCAGCGCUCGCACGACGGGCUGCUGGGCGGCGGCUGCCUGCCGUACGCGCGCGCCGCGCACGACAAGCAGCGCUGGCUCCUCGACUACCUGUACCAGUGGCGCGCGGAGGCGACGGGGCGCUCGCGCGCGAUGCCGCACAUCAAGUCGUACGUGCGCGCGCGCGACUCGCGGGCCGCCUUCUACCUGCUCACGUCGGCCAACGUCAGCAAGGCGGCGUGGGGCGCGCGCACCAAGCGGGACAACGCGCUGCGCCUGCUCAGCUACGAGGCCGGCGUGCUGCUGCUGCCGCGCGUCACGAUCAACGAGGACUUCUUCUCCCUGGAGGAGGGAGCCGCGCAGCGCCUGGUCAUCCCGUACGACCUGCCGCCCACCAAGUACUCGCCCGACAUGACGCCCUGGCUGUCCGACGCCUUGUGCUGACUGCCGGCUGCCGGUGCACACUGCUUACGAGAUCCGGCGAAAGAUGUAUACUUAGGGGCACAAUUAACCGCCCACUUUAAUAUACUUGCAUUAUAUUAAGGUGGGCGGACAAUUGUGCCUCUGAGUAUAUAUUAACUCAUCUAUUAUUUAUUUGGGAUAUAAAAUUUCCCGUUUCCCUUUAAAAAAUUUAAAAGUUCAUGGUUUUUUUUGUAUGUAAAAUGUGUCUGGCCGCCUAUUUGCAAUGGUGUCACUGAAUACUUUCCGUCAUUAAACAUAUCUUAUCAGUUAUCAGUAAUAAAUAACAGAUGAGGGUAUACAUUUGUAACGCCGGCUCUCAGACUAGAGCCGCAGAGCAAGAGCACGUCACUCCGAGCGCGACCGAAGGCGAAUUAUAACUGAUUAUGUGAUAUGUAUGUGAAUAGAAAGAAAUCAAUAAAUUAUUUUGUCAUUUU